AUGCAACGGAAGAUCGCCGCAACACAACGUGAGAUUAGCGGCGGGCGCGACUAUACGGCGGACAUGACGUACUGCUUCGGCUUGUACCGUGUGCGCCACGGGCGCACGAACAGUCGGUGGCAGCGCGGAAUUCGGGGGCGGCGGUGUGGUGUGGCGGCGUGGAAGUCGGCGUGGAAGUCGGCACGGGAAGUCGGUUGGCGAAACUGCCAGCUAGGGAAGGGAUAUCUGCAGGAAAGAUCGACGUACCUGCACCCCGUGCAUGCUCGCGGUUUUGAGGGAUCUCCCGCGCCAGUGCCAGUGUGA